GUAGUCGACGACUUUCUUGCUUCAGCGCAUUUGCGGCAUACGUUUUCUUCUUUUGGCUUUUCUUGACGAUCCUCAACUACACCGCGUCUUUAAUUUUUUUCCUGCCAGUCAGGUAUCGGUUCGACUAUCUCCCGCAAAGCGUGCUUGUACCAACGUUGCCCCGCGCGAGAGCUUCAACGCGCGACUCGAACACCGACUUCUCGCCGCUCGAUGCCGACAUCUACAACUAUAAACUUGGUCCCUUGAUGGGGGUUGCCUGGGCAUUGCCAUAGCCUGCACUUCUCCUUAUGAAAUAGCAGACUCGCCGCAAUGGACAGCACAACUCCCAACACCAGACGCCAUCGCUCGUCCACGGCCGCCUCAGCCAACCCUACUGGCGAGAGUGCAAAGGCUGUGGAGCUGAUGCGUGCUCUGAUCAGUGUUACUUCACACAAUACAGCAUCGGGGAUCCAACCAAAUGGCUACCCUGAUACGGUUAGGCUGGUUAAGGACCUGCGCAAGCUGGUGGACCAAAUGUCUGGCCCAGCAGCAAUGGACCACCAGGACGGAUUUCGACAUGCUGGUGGCUUCGAAGCAGUUUUCCAUGUCCUACGGUGCUUUUCUGGAUUCUAUAACCCCGAUAAACGCACCAGCAAAGAAAUGGCUGCGCUGUUCAAAUUGCUCGGCGCUGCUCUGGAUGUCUUUGCUGCCGCCUUGCACAUGCACCCUGGCAAUAGACGCUUCUUCAAAUUCAAGGUUGAGGGUGGUGGUUGGGAGGCAUUAGAGCAAGCGAUUGCGAGCAUUGGACUUGGUGGCGCGGAACCUAACCCGUGGGUUAGCUGUUACGUGUACGGAAAGCUCUUCGCCUUUGCUCUUGGAGAUGAGUCCAUCGAUUUGCUCUUCCAGACUAUUGGCGAGACGCUGCGACAAGAUACCGAACGACAAAGCGAACCCGAAUCCCAAGAUGACGCUGACGAACAGUGGAAUCUGGUCCUGUCAAAGUCCAUUGAAUCGAUCGAGCCAAAGGUUGGCGAGCUGGUAAACAGAGACACCGUCAUACAAUAUCCCGAAAUCUUGCGUGCAAUUGUGAGCUUCUGGAUGUCAAAUCCUAGAGAAAAAGGUGCAACAACCAGCCCAGCGUCACUGCUAGUCCUUGAGACCAUCUUGCGCGCGGCAUCUGUCCUCAUGUAUAAUCGAUACGUGAUACACAACACUGGUGUCAUGUCUCAGCUGCUUCGAGCAGCAUUUUCGACCGACUUUGUACUCACUAGCGUCGAAAAGGAUAAAGCCCUGGAAAUUUGCCGAUUACUUAUGUAUCUGGGCAUCAACAAACCAGCCGAUACACAGUUUCUUCUUUCCAAUUCAAGUGCCGAAGCAUCCGAGUUCUGCUUGUCAGUAAUGUCUAAAUAUACUGGCCCGUCAUAUUACCAAUUCGAUCUUUCGAUGGAUGGAUAUUCAUCACUGGAGUUGCCGAGUUUACCGCGACCCUUUCCACCUCAGACUAGCCAAGGAUAUACAUUCACGGCUUGGAUUUGGAUUGAUAAGUUCGAUCCGAACACGCACACCACACUAUUUGGAGCCUUUGAUACCUCCCAAAGCUGCUUCGUGUUGAUGUAUCUGGAGCGAGAUACGCAAAACUUUAUCUUGCAGACCUCUGUCUUUUCCAACAGGCCCAGCAUUCGAUUCAAGUCGACAGUGUUCCAAGAAAAGCAGUGGUAUCAUAUUGCUGUUGUUCAUCGAAGGCCCAAGGCGCUAACAGCCAGCAAAGCAUCACUAUACGUCAAUGGCGAAUUCACUGAACAAUCCCGCUGCAACUAUCCACAGUUACCACCAGUGUCUACUACUACAACAAACGAAAACUUUACUGCAUUCAACUCGAGCCAGAACAAGAUGAACCCUGUCCAAGCUUUUCUUGGCACACCUAAAGAGCUUGCCGGUAAGGCCGGUAAGGGUUCUGUAUAUUCUAGAUGGUCCCUGGCAUCAGCACAUCUAUUUGAGGAGGUUCUAAGUGACGACUACCUUGCCGUACACUAUGGACUCGGUCCCCAGUAUCAUGGAAACUACCAAGAUACGCUAGGAGGAUUCCAAACAUACGAAGCUUCAGCGAAACUUGGGCUGCGGAAUGAAAUAGUUCAUCCUGGGAAAGAUGAAGCCUCGGAUAUUCUGAAAGCAGUCCGAGAAAAGGCUAGCUCUAUCGUCCCCGAAUCUAAGCUCUUGCUUAGUAUUCUGCCGUCCGCCACGUUCCCCGAAAAUGUUCAAUACCUUGAUAACGGCCUCCUCCGAUCAUUGCCUAGAGCAUCAGCUCGGAGUUUGUUCGCCGCAUCCAACCGAGAAGGCACACCGCUAGCAAUGAACUGUGCUGUGCCAAACAUCACAGACUCUUUGUUUCGCUCGCAAGGCAUUGCGUCCUUUAGAGGACGGCCGAUUGUAGUGAUGCCAUCGUAUCUUGACGAAAAUCUCUGGCGCCUGGCUGGCUUUACACCUCUCGCGUUAAAACUUUUAGAAAGAGCUUCGACAGCCGAUGAAACUGUUCGCGCCUUGGAAAUUAUGUUCCACUCCAUCCAAGUCAGCUGGAGAAAUAGCGAAGCUAUGGAAAGAGAUGGUGGUUAUGGCAUUUUGGCCAUGCUACUUCGAUUCAAGAUUGGGUACCCAGGAGCAGUUCUUACUGACGCAAUCAUUCCAAGACUGUUGCUCUCAUCAGAAGAGCGCGAUAGUCUUGCUUUCCGUGUCCUGAGCCUGAUUCUGGGCUUUGUUGGCUACAAGCAUACAAACCCAGUCGAUUCCCUGAUUGUGAAUCCCUUGGCAUACAGAAUACUGUUGAUUGACCUUGAUGUUUGGAGACGAUCUGCUCCAAGAAUACAGGAACUUUACUACAAGCAGUUCAUUACGUUUGCUGUUAAUUGCAAACACCACGAUUUUAACAGCCGCCGGCUCGUGCGAAUGAGAAUCGUGAAGCGCUUGUUGGAUGCAAUGAAGGGAGAGGCUGUCCCCGAAACUGUCUUGCCACAUUUUAUGGCCGCAUUUGAGACUCUUGUUAAGUCUAACUUGAACCCAGAGGUCAUGCGGUCUCUGUCACUGUUUAUUACGUACGCGUUCCACGUACCAUCUUCAUCCACAUCAAGAACGUCGAGGCCCAUGUCUGCCAUAUCAAGGCCUUCGACACCAAACCUCAUCCGUAGAGGUACUGGGGAUGGAAGUGGAACCAGCACGCCUGGAGGCAUCAAAUUCCUGACUAGGCGUCAACUGGGUUCCAGAGUUCUCAGUCUGUAUAGCGAGAUUCUAUGCGAACAAGACAAUCUCAACCAUAUUAAGAAGUUCGCAAAGACUGUCACUAACAAGUGGCUACUCUAUCUACUAAAUGAGAAUGACCCCGACAUCGUCACUCAUGGAUGCAAAAUCUUGGCAAGGCUGCUUGUAUCUCACGGCUCUGCUUACACGUCAAAAUUUGCUGGCAAAUCAGGUGGCUUUACGAUCACGGCAAACAGGAUCAAGCGCUUUUGGUCCUUACCACAGCUGUGGAUUAUUGCCCUUUGCAUCCUGUUCGGAUAUGACGUUGCGAAUCUGGACUUGCAGAACAGGCUCAAUCUUUCUGAUAUGCUCAACGUCUUCGAGAAACGCAAAGUUGUAUACCCAGAUGCCAUCAUUAUCAUAACAUCUAUGCUUCAAACUGGGUUGAAUGAGAUUAUCAGAAACAGCAACCAGCCAACACCCCAACCGGAGGGCAGACGAGGGUCAGCUGCACCUGAGCUAGCGCCGACAGCAGACAGCUUAGUUGAAACCCUUCAUUCCAAAUUGAUUUUGAAUGAGGAAUUUACAAGAGAAAAGAAAACUGUAAUGCUGCAGAAUAUCAUUGGUUUUCUUCAGAAAUUACAAGAAAAGUCUCCUGAUUUUAAAGAAUUUACUCUCAAUUCUGAAUGGACAAGACUUAUUCUGCUGAUCCUGUACCCAGUCAUGGUCAGCACAGAUCCCGUUACUGCCGAUGUUGAGCUAAAUUCAAGAGAUUCUAUGCUCAACUUUGAUGGAAGCGAUGUCAUUAUCCGACCCAUAGGAAAGGCUUCGUCAGCUACCCCAAUCGUCAGGACAAGCAGUGUAAACCUCAACACAACACCUCAGAGCACACCUCCGAAAGGAACACCCCUGAGACGUGCAUCAUCUUUUGUCCUUCUUACAGCACAUGUUGAAGAAGAAGCAAACGAGGCUGGUGAGAUGAUGCGUCCAACAGGAGACGAAGACAACGCCAUCGUCCAAGGCAUUACAGACUUGCUUCUCAACGUCUUUAUGGACCAAAUCUUUUCACGCAAAGAGUUUCCCGGAUUUGCUCUUUUCAGCAAAGUGCCUCCAGGAUUCCAAGAACACCAAGCGUACUUUGAGUCACACAUUUUAAAAGAUAUUCUGCAAAGGACUACAGAGAAGAUUCUGUCAGACCAGAAAAUGCUCUGCGAACCGCGCAUGAUUACAAAUCUCGCGCGACUAUGUGUGCACUUCUCUGAAGCAAUCUUUGAAGGGUGGUUUAUAGAUGGAGCUGAAUUCUUGAUUGACUUUAGCGGCAUGCUUCUUGAGUAUCUGCAACGACCUGAUGUUGCAGUGCUCAAAAGCGUCCGAUUGUGCAGCCAGUCUAUUGUUUCGAUUCGCACUUGUCUGCUGAGGAUCGUUCUUCUUAAGCUUUCCGAUCUCGAUGGCAAGAAUGCAAACGAGGCUGGUGCAAUGGAGUUUAUGAACAAACUGGCAUAUUGGCAAAUGUCCAUCCUCGGCUGUUUCGCGUCUGAUGACGAUUACUUGAAAUUAUUCUGGUAUCAGUUGUACACCAAGCUCAUCGACACAAGGCAUGCUGUACGCGUUGCUGCAGCCAACUUCUUGCGCAUCCUUAUUGUGCAAAAGCCAGACGAAUCGGUUAAUCUGAUAAGGUCAUUCAUUACACCUGAUCAAAGGCGGCUUUGCACAGACUUUAUGAAGCUCACAGAAAUUGAUGAUGACACCUUCCUGCAGUGGGUGGACAAUAACCGUCCUUCCCUGGACGGAUUGUUCUUUGGAGGCAUGGCUAAAACAUGGGAAAACUUUGUUAGUAUAGAGAAUACGCGGACAACUGAAACGGCAAAGGGCCGCUUGUUGAAGCGUAAGGAGCGACUGCGAUACUUGUACGCAGAAGACUUGGCGCGAGACAAAUUACUCUCCAACCACGAAGUUAGCAACUCUGCCUGGAUGAAGAGCAUAUACAGUACUGAGCACUUCAAGUACCAGCGCAUUGUCCAAGAUCAGCAAGAUGAUCUCACCUUCUCGAUAUCCGCGUAUAAAAAGAUGGAGCGAGAUCUCCGACGCCCUGGCGCCGUCUUCAGCCAACCAGGUAGCCUGAAGUGGAAACUGGAUAGAACUGAAGGGCGCAACCGAAUGCGCCUGCGGCUUUUGCCUGACUAUUCUGCACAAGAGCAAAAAUACCAGCCUAAACCAAAGGGUAACGGCACCGGCACCAGUACACCGACGCUUAAGAUUGACACAGCCGCUCCAGCUGUCGAAAACACCGCAUCCUUAGCUACAGCUAAUGAAGAUGGGAAAUCUGCCGCUGAUGAUGAUUUCGAGCUUAUUGAAGAUCCCAACGAUGCUCAAGAUGUGGACGAGAACUUUGAAGAUAAGAAUCGAAAGGUUAUGCGUCGUCUUGAUCACGGCGAUCAUGUCCAAGCCGCUUACAACGUUUCUCGCGUUACAGGUCUCGAAGCCUGCGAAGGUAUCCUGAUUGUUGGGAAAGAUUCUCUCUACAUGAUGGACAAUGUAUUCCAGUGCCUGAGCGGCGACAUCGUGAACGUCUGGCAAGCACCCCCCGAAGAACGUGACCCUUUCACUCGCAUUGUUACCGGUGCUAAAACUCUGGAAAAGCAACAGAAUGCUGGAAAUCGUGAACAAGAAUCACGGAGCUGGAAAUGGUCUGAACUUAUCAGCAUUUCUAAGCGACGAUUCCUGUUCCGAGACGUCGCCAUCGAGAUUUUCUUUACCGACGGCCGAAGCUAUCUCAUGACCGCCAUGACGCCUACUGUUCGUGAUGAACUGUUUGGUAAAUUGCUAAACAAGGCACCGCACACCAACGCUGCUCAUUCGCUGCCAAACCCAGAAGAUGCAUGGAGAUUGGAAGGACUUAAGGUCUUCGACGAAUCACCACAAGGACUAGGAUCAAAACUUGGAACACUCUUCAACUCGUCUUCGUGGAACCCUCUUCUAAAGCGGUGGCAAAAGGGCGAGAUUUCCAACUUUCAUUAUCUUAUGAUGGUGAAUACCAUGGCUGGAAGAACAUUCAAUGACCUCACGCAGUAUCCGGUCUUCCCAUGGAUUUUGGCAGACUAUACCAGCGAAGACUUGGAUUUGGAAGACCCUACUACAUUCCGCGACCUAUCCAAGCCGAUGGGAGCCCAGACCGAAGAACGUGUUCGCGGCUUCCGAGAAACCUACAGUGCCCUGAAGGAGAUUGGACAGGAGCCGUUCCACUACGGUACACAUUACUCGUCAGCGAUGAUUGUUUCGUCCUACCUUAUCCGUCUCCCGCCGUUUGUGCAGUCGUACCUCAUCCUCCAAGGUGAUAGCUUCGAUCAUGCGGACCGCCUCUUCCAGUCUAUUCCUGAUGCAUGGACAUCUGCAUCGUCACGCAACAAGACUGACGUCCGCGAGCUGAUUCCAGAAUUCUUCUGUGUCCCAGAAUUCCUCACAAACUUGAACGGGUAUGACUUUGGACGAAAGCAAAGCACCGGCUUGAAGGUGGACAAUGUGGUCCUUCCACCCUGGGCCAAGGGGGAUCCGAAGAUCUUUAUUGCAAAGCACAGAGAAGCUCUGGAAAGUCCCUACGUUAGUGAAAACCUGCACAAAUGGAUCGAUCUGGUGUUUGGAUGCAAGCAGCGCGGCGAGGCAGCGGAGCAAAAUCUCAAUGUAUUCCAUUACCUCUCGUAUGCCGGCGCGAGCAAUCUCGACAGUAUUACAGAUGUAAACGAACGAGCUAUCACCGCGGGCGUUAUUCACAACUUUGGCCAGACACCACAUCAGGUAUUUUCCAAGGCUCAUCCUGCCAGGGAAAAUGUCACCUGCCCGACCAGACGACUGGAUACCACUGUAUUUUCGCUGUCUUGUCUGCCCAGUCCGCUAAUUGAGUGCCAUGAAAGAGUUACGUCUAUUAUUCAUGCGCCGAAGCUCGACAGACUGCUGUGCGCCUCCCCAUUCCGUCUACACCUUGCUCCAUACGACAAAUAUCUUGAAUGGGGCUACGCUGAUAAUACCGUACGAUUCUUCUUCAGCGACAAUCGCCGCCCUGCAGGCUUGUUCGAGAAUCUUCAUAUCGGUCAAAUCUCUUGCGCGGCCUUUGCAGAUUCCAAGACGCUCAUCACUGCUGGCGAGGAUUGCGUAGUAUCCGUAUAUACUGUGUCAACGUCGCCAGGCAAGCCUGUGGAACUCGCGCCCAAAUCUAGUCUCUUUGGCCACAAGACCCCCAUCACGGCCAUCGCGGUUAGCAAAGCGUUCAGCACCUUUGUCACAGUAUCGGCAGAUGGGCAAGGCCUGCUGUGGGAUCUCAACCAGCUCGCUUUCAUCCGCAAGCUCCCACUGGUUCGCCAAGUGGAGUGCGCGCGUAUAAACGACGUUACUGGCGACAUUUUGCUUUGUUCUGGUCCGAAUGUCAUUUUGUAUUCUAUCAAUGGAGCUGUUUUACUGGAGCAGAAUGUUUGCCAGGAGUCGGACGAUUAUGUCCACUCUUGUGCAUUUUACGAGGGAGCUGGCAAUGAGUGGCUGGAGAACUAUCUAGUUUUCACUGGCCAUAGAAAAGGUGUCGUCAAUGUCUGGAGACGAAGCAUGUCGGCAGGCAAGUGGACGCUGGAACUGCUGCGCAGGCUCGACCACGUCGACUAUAAAACGGAUAGAACCGAGAAUGUCCGCGCUGGCAUUACUUGCAUCAGCCCCCGACCUCAAUGUCUGUACAUGGGAGAUGAGGACGGCCGCGUGUUUGAAUGGAACUUUGCAAACCGCGAGAGAUAGGGCGGCAUCGUGGCAAGGCUGGCGCGGUACAAGCGUAGGAACGGUGUUGCUCGGUUUAAAUCCAGGCUUGUUAGGAUACGCAAACGUUAUUGUUUUAUAAGCAUAAGCAGCAUAAAUUAUUGAUUAGCACGCAUAUAGCAUUUUUUGAAGGACAA